AUGCUCCGGGCCCCCAGCCCAGUGGAGAAACCAGGAGCCCUGGACAGCGAGAGGCGGGGUCGGGGAGGCGACAACGGGAAGCCCCUGCCGGACCCAGGACACUCAGGACCUGGUGGGUCCCGGGCGAGCUCCCGCAGCAGCCCCAGGGCAAGGAGGAUGGGGGUGCUCGCAGGGGCCACACUGCCGGAGCCCCACGGAUCCAAGCGGGACGGUGAGGUCUCCACACUGAGCCGGUGGCAAAGUUUCCGCGAGGAUGAAGUAGGAACCUUGUGCUCCUCACCCCACCGGCCCCCGCAUUUCCUGGCUCCUUCCCUUGCCGCUACCGGCGAGUCCUCCCAGGUCUUCCAAAGGCCGUUUUGUCUGGACGCUGUGGACCCGGAGGCCCGGGGGCAUCGGCCGGAAGCGGGGCACCAACUCCGCGGUCUCCACUGGGCAGGACCCGGGUCCAGAGCUAGGGGACAGCGGGCGCCCUGGGAGGAGCGCGCAGAACUCGGAGAGGACGCGGCGGGACUGGUUGCAGAAGGGGACCAAUCAGAGCCCUCCUGGUCCCCAGUGGCAGCAGCCGCCAUCCCAGCUUUGCUUCUGUGCCUCCCGCUUCUGUUCCUGCUGUUCGGCUGGUCCCGGGCUGGGCGAGACGACCCUCACUCUCUUUGCUAUGACAUCAACGUCAUCCCCAAAUUCAGACCAGGACCACGGUGGUGUGCGGUUCAAGGCCAGGUGGAUAAACAGACUUUUCUUCACUAUGACUGUGGCAACAAGACAGUCACACCCGUCAGUCCCCUGGGGAAUAAACUAAAUGUCACAAAGGCCUGGAAAGCACAGAACCCAGUACUGAGAAAGGUGGUGGACAUACUUACAGAGCAACUGCUUGACAUUCAGCUGGAGAAUUACACACCCAAGGAACCCCUCACCCUGCAGGCCAGGAUGUCUUGUGAGCAGAAAGCCGAAGGACACAGCAGUGGAUCUUGGCAGUUCAGUUUCGACGGACAGAUCUUCCUCCUCUUUGACUCAGAGAAGAGAAUGUGGACAAUGGUUCAUCCUGAAGCCAGAAAGAUGAAAGAAAAGUGGGAGAAUGACAAGGAUGUGGCCAUGUCCUUCCAUUACAUCUCAAUGGGAGACUGCGCAGGAUGGCUUGAGGACUUCUUGAUGGGCAUGGACAGCACCCUGGAGCCAAGUGCAGGAGCACCACUCGCCAUGUCCUCAGGCACAACCCAACUCAGGGCCACAGCCACCUCCCUCAUCCUUUGCUGCCUCCUCAUCAUCCUCCCCUGCUUCAUCUUCCCUGGCAUCUGAGGAGAGUCCUUUAGAGUGACAGGUUAAAGAUGAUACCAAAAAGCCCCUGUGAGCACGGUCUUGAUCAAACUCACCCUUCUGUCUAGCCACCUGCCCACCACCUACAAUGUAUGUCCAGCGGCCUCCAGCAGAUCAUGAUGACACCAUGGACCCAACAGCUCAUUCACUGCCUUGAUUCCUUUUGCCAACAAUUUAACCAGUGAUUAUUCCUAACAUAUUAUGCAAUUUUCUCUUGGUGCUACCUGAUGGAAUUCCUGCACAUAAAGUUCUGGCUGACUA